AUGGAGCUCGGGGCCAAAGACAAUAGUGGCCCCCUGCUGUUGACUUCAUCGGCAUUUAUGAAGUGGAUCCAGCAGGAGACGAUAUCGAAGAAAUUCAUAAUGCCAACCUUAGCAGCCUAUGAUGGGACAAGGAAUCCCCGAGAACAUGUGCUAGACUACAAGACUUUUAUGGAGUUACAUACUCACCCCAAUGCUUUAAUGUGUAAAGUUUUUCCAACAACCUUGACAGGACCAGCUCAGGCUUGGUUCAACAGCCUAGAGUCAGGGAGCGUCAGGAACUUUGUAGAUCUAGCCAACAUGUUCAUCAACAGUUUCAUCGCUGGAGUUACCGAAAGAAAGAUGAGCUACCUGGAGACUAUCAGGCAAAGAAGGAAUGAGUCCCUGAGGGAAUACGUGGCUAGAUUCAACGCGGAGGCCCUACAGAUAUCAGAGUUGGAUGAAGCAAGAGCGGUGGAGGCUAUGCAGAAGGGCAUGACUUCCCCCGAGUUUUUUGGGUCUUUAUACCGAAAGCUCCAUACUACCUUGUCAGAGUUGAUAAAGAGAGCAGAGAAAUAUAUAAGGCAAGAUGACGCCUUAAACACUAGCCAGUUCAAUCGGGAUGACAAGGAGAAAGGAAGAGAUGUGGAUGAUAGAAGGCAAGACAGACUAAAGAGAACACAAGAUAGGGGUUUGGAGGCACUGAAUAAGCACCGGUAG